GUUAAAAGCACUGAGUUUAUUUGAACUUGCAGGGGAAAUAAUCUAAGGCGAGCUCCAUCAUCAUCGAUGGCGUUGUACUUAGCAACUCAACUGAGUGUGGGGUGUGAAGAGAUAUGACCAUAGUUCUCUUUGGGGAGUAAGAAAAUUUCAAUAAUGGCUUCAAGAGCAAUUCUCAGAAGGAGGAAGUUUCUCUUGGAUUACCUGAACGUGCCGACUCGCUCCAUUCAAGCUUUUUCAAAUUUUGGGCAUGGGCAACUUGCUCCUUUGCCAGAUUCACAGCUUUUGAAUGGGGUCACAGAUAAUCAUUAUACUGAUGUUGACCGUCGUAGGGAGGGGGAUGCAGUUUCAGUAGAUAAACAGGAACUACCGAAGUUUUCAGCGGUAGGGUUGCUUAAGCAUAAUUCAUUUGGUAUUUCUAUUUUGGGUUAUGGAAAUAGAAGACAGGAGUUUAUUUCUUCAUUGGGAAUUGGGUGGAUGUCACAAUCUAUGCGUAACAAAUCCACUGCUACGGCCGGUCAACCAGAGUUGGCUGGUGCAGAUGAGGGAACUGAAAAAGAACAGGUGGCUAAACAGAAGAAAGAGGCAUCCCCUGAGGAAUGUGAUCAAGCAGUCGAAGGUUUGAGUGAGGCAAAAGCUAAAGCAAAAGAAAAAGCUAAAAAGUUGCAAGAAUCUCCGAAGAAUGCCAAGUCUAUUUUACAAAGAGCAUGGGCCAUGUUGUUGGGGAUUGGUCCGGCUUUGAGAGCUGUUGCUUCUAUGAGCAGAGAGGACUGGGCCAAGAAACUAGUUCAUUGGAAAGAAGAAUUUAAAGCAACUAUGCAACACUAUUGGUUGGGCACCAAAUUACUGUGGGCUGAUGCUAGGAUUAGCUCAAGAUUACUUCUAAAACUUGCCGCUGGGAAGAGUCUCUCUAGGAGAGAGAGGCAACAACUAACACGCACCACAGCUGAUAUUUUUAGGCUAGUUCCUGUUGCGGUUUUUCUCAUAGUUCCAUUUAUGGAGUUCUUGCUGCCAGUAUUCCUGAAAUUAUUCCCCAACAUGUUACCAUCUACUUUCCAGGACAAGAUGAAAGAACAGGAAGCAUUGAAAAGGAGGCUUAAUGCAAGGAUAGAGUAUGCAAAGUUUCUUCAAGACACAGUUAAGGAAAUGGCAAAGGAAGUCCAAAAUUCCCGAAGUGGAGAAAUCAAGAAAACGGCCGAAGAUCUUGAUGAAUUUUUGAACAAGGUUAGGACUGGUGGCCGUGUUUCUAAUGAGGAAAUUUUGGGUUUUGCAAAGUUGUUCAAUGAUGAGCUUACUCUUGACAAUAUCAGCCGGCCUCGAUUAGUAAAUAUGUGCAAAUACAUGGGAAUUGGCCCGUAUGGAACAGAUUCGUAUCUGCGUUACAUGCUUCGGCAAAAACUCCAAUGGAUCAAGAAUGAUGAUAAGAUGAUUCAAGCUGAGGGCGUGGAGUCACUCUCAGAAGUUGAACUUCGUCAAGCAUGUAGAGAGCGUGGCUUACUUGGAUUACUUUCAGUUGAAGAAAUGCGGCAACAGCUUCGUGAUUGGUUGGACUUGUCCCUCAAUCAUUCUCUGCCCUCUUCUCUUCUGAUUCUUUCCAGAGCCUUCUCCAUCUCUGGAAAGCUGAAGCCAGAGGUUGUUCAAGCUACAUUGUCCUCUUUGCCGGAAGAGGUUGUGGAUACUGUUCAGGUUAUAUCUUUACCAUCUGAAGAUUCCGUUUCAGAGAGGAGGAGAAAACUGGAGUUCCUAGAAAUGCAAGAAGAACUUUGUAAGGAGGAAGAAGAGAAAGAGGAAGAAGAGAAAACUAAGAAGGAAUCUGGGACUAGUCGAGAGGACGUAGCUUUGAAAGAGAUGACUGGUCCAACAGCAAGAGAAGCACAAGAACUAGCCAAAGCAAGGGCUUCGGAGGUGCAAGAGCAUCUCUGUGAGCUCAGCCGUGCAUUGUCUGUCCUAGCAUCUGCAUCUUCAGUAAGUAUGGAACGUGAAGAGUUUCUGAGACUUGUCAAUAAAGAGAUUGGGUUGUAUAAUAGAUUGGUAGAGAAAGAGGGCAUGGAAGGUGAAGAAGAGGCCAAGAAGGCAUACAGAGCUGCCAGGGAGGAUAGUGACCAAGCUGCUGAAACAGCCGUGGAUAACAAAGUUUCUUCAGCACUGAUAGAUAAGGUUGAUGCUAUGCUCCAAAAGCUUGAAAAGGAAAUUGAUGAUGUAGAUGCUAAGAUUGGUGACCGCUGGCGACUACUGGACAGGGAUUAUGAUGGGAAGGUGACUCCUGAGGAAGUGGCUGGUGCAGCUAUGUACCUGAAGGACACCAUAGGCAAGGAGGGCAUACAAGAACUAAUAAGCAGCCUCUCCAAAGAUAGAGAAGGAAAGAUCCUUGUUGAGGACAUUGUCAAAUUGGGCAGUCGAAUGAAAGAUGCCAGAGUAGAUGAAGAAAGACAAAUAUAGAGGGUAAAAUAUUUUGCUCCUAUUUGUUUUUUAUUUAAUAUUUUUGGUAAUAUUUAUACUAGUAAGAAGUAGGAUUGCAUGAAAGUUUAGAUUCUCUAGAUUUACGUGGACAUUUCUCAAUGUGUUGGGAUCAAUGUAUGAAACUUUUGUAUACAAGUUUUAAAGUUGGGUGGGCUUCUUGCACCUGAGUGAUCUGUCUUCUGGUCCCAUGAUGGAAGAUCUUCUGAUUUUUAA